ACUGUGCACAUGAACGCGCACACCAAGCAGCUGCACCAUGGAGUUGCACCUUGUGAUUUACAGGAAAUCAGACGGUGCAGCUCUUUACAGUCUAUGGUGCAACUGCAUGACCGCACAGAUCAAGUGAUCCCGCCCCAGAGGAAGACUAGCCUAUAGAAAGCUCAGAGCAGGAGGAGGGAUGGACGCUGAAAACGAAACUUCGUUAUUCUGACUCCAUUUUAUGUCGACACAACUCUGAACUGUCAGGAGGUUCGAUCAAACCAGAACACGAGUAGGUCUUUGAAGAAGAGGAGGGCGGCACAGAGUUUCCUGAUCCCAGCUGUCUUGUCUAUGAGGAGUGAUCUGUCCAAAGAGCUUCCUCUAACUUUAGUCAUGAACCUGGACGGCUCAGACACUGAAUUUCAGUUCAGCAGACUGAGAGUUGUGUCUCCUGAUCCCAGCUGUCUGUCUAUGAGGAGUGACCUGUCCAAAGAGCCUCCUCUAAACUUCAGACAAGAAGAACUUAAGUUCAAAAGACAGAGAGCGACGCCUCCUGAUCCCAGCUGUCUGUCUAUGAGGAGUGACCUGUCCAAAGAGCCUCCUCUAAACUUCAGACAUGAACCUGGACCCUCAGACACAGAAUUUCAGUUCAGCAGACUGAGAGCAACGCUUCCUGAUUCCAGCUUUUUGUCAAUGAGGAGUGACCUGUCCAAAGAGCCUCCUCUAAACUUCAGACAAGAAGAAUUUCAGUUCAAAGGACAGAGAGCGACGCCUCCUGAUCCCAGCUGUCUGUCUAUGAGGAGUGACCUGUCCAAAGAGCCUCCUCUAAACUUCAGACAUGAACCUGGACCCUCAGACAUAGAAUUUCAGUUCAGCAGACUGAGAGCGACGCUUCCUGAUUCCAGCUUUCUGUCAAUGAGGAGUGACCUGUCCAAAGAGCCUCCUCUAAACUUCAGACAUGAACCUUUACCCUCAUACACAAAAAAGAGGGAGAGGAGUCCUGAUUCUAUGGGAGAGCAGCUGCACCUCUGUGCUGUGUGUCAAGACCUCCUGAUUGAUCCAGCCUUUCUCAGCUGUGGACACUGCUUGUCCAGAAAGUGUCUCACCUCAUUCUGGUUCCAGUCUGGUUCACCAAGAGACCUCUCAUGCCCCCAGUCCGGAGUAAGAUCCAGGGCAGGACCACCACUGAAGACAGCUGCUCUGACCAGGACUGAACAAAGUGAUCAGCAGGAGGUUUUAGAUAUACAUAAACUCAGUCAGAGGAUAAGAUAUGAAUUUGUGAGCGAAGGAACUGAGGAAGCAGGAAGUAGAACCCUCCUCAACAGGAUCUACACUGAACUCUACAACACAGAGGGACAGAGUGAAGAGGUGAACACCCAACAUGAGGUGAGGCAGCUGGAGAAAGCCUCCAAGAUGGAGACCCUCCAUGACACUCCCAUCAAGUGCCAGGACAUCUUCAAACCUUCAGCUGGUAAACAGAAACCCAUCAGAGUGGUUCUGACAGUUGGCGUUGCUGGUGUUGGAAAAACCUUCUCAGUGCAGAAGUUCACUCUGGACUGGGCAGAGGGCUUGGAGAACCAAGACCUCAGUCUGCUGGUUCUGCUUUCAUUCAGGGAGCUGAACCUGAUCAGAGACAAGCGGUACAGUCUCCUCCAGCUGCUCCAUGAUUUCCAUCCAACAUUACAGAAGGUCUCAGCAGAGACGCUGGCUGUCUGUAAACCAGUGUUCAUCUUUGACGGCCUGGACGAAAGCAGACUGUCUCUGGAUUUCAACAACACUCAGGUUGUGUCUGACGUCACACAGGAGUCGUCUGUAAACGUGCUGUUCACAAACCUCAUCCAGGGGAAUCUGCUUCCCUCAGCUCUCGUCUGGAUCACUUCUCGACCCGCAGCAGCCAAUCAGAUCCCUCCUUCAUGCGUUGACAGGGUCACAGAAGUCAGAGGCUUCACUGACGCCCAGAAGGAGGAGUACUUCAGGAGGAGGUUCAAGGAUGAAGAUCUGUCCAGCAGAAUCAUCUCACACAUCAAGACCUCCAGGAGCCUCCACAUCAUGUGUCAGAUCCCGGUCUUCUGCUGGAUCACUGCUAUAGUUCUGGAGCACAUGAUGAGCACAGAACAGAGAGGAGAGCUGCCCAAGACCCUGACUGACAUGUACUCACACUUCCUGCUGGUCCAGACCAAGAGGAAGAGGAAUAAGUAUGCAGAGGGUGAUGAGACCAGUCUUCAGGAGCUGAUGGAGGCUGACAGGGAAGUUCUCCUGAAGCUAGGCAGGCUGGCGUUUGAACAUCUGAAGAAAGGAAAUAUCAUGUUCUACCAAGAAGACCUGGAGCGCUGUGGUCUGGAUGUCACAGAGGCCUCGGUGUACUCAGGACUUUGUACAGAGAUCUUCAAAAGAGAGUGUGUGGUCUUCCAGAAAACAGUCUACUGCUUUAUUCAUCUGAGCGUUCAGGAGUUUCUGGCAGCAGUCUACAUGUUCCACUGUUACACAGACUGGAACAGAAAGGAGCUGGCAUCUUUUUUGGGAGAAAGACAUGUAAAUUCAACUCUGGAUGUCCUCCUUAACGGAGCAACACUGAAAUCCCUGAGAAGUAAAAAUGGUCACCUGGACCUCUUUGUCCGCUUCCUUCAUGGACUCUCUCUGGAGUCGAACCAGAGACUCUUAGGAGGCCUUCUGGGUCGAAUUGACAACAAUCCAGAAACGAUCCAAAGAGUCAUCAAAAACCUCAAGAAGAGGAAGACCAGAGCCUCUCCUGAAAGAAGCAUCAACAUCUUCCACUGUCUGAUGGAGAUGAAGGACCUCUCUGUCCAUCAGGAGAUCCAAGAGUUCCUGAAGUCAGAGAACAGAUCAGAGAAGAGACUCUCUGAUAUCCAGUGCUCUGCUCUGGCUGACAUGCUGCAGCUGUCAGAGGAGGUUCUGGAUGAGCUGGACCUGAAGAAGUACAACACGACAGAGGAGGGACGACUGAGACUGAUUCCAGCUGUAAGGAACUGCAGGAAGGCUCAACUCUCUGGCUGUGGACUCUCAGAUGCUCACUUAGAAGUUGUGGCCUCAGCUCUGAAGUCAAACCCCUCCCACCUGAGAGAGCUGGACCUGAGUGGAAACAAGCUGCAGGACUCAGGAGUAAAGCGGCUGGGCUCUGGACUGCAGAGUCCACACUGUAGACUUGGCACUCUGAGAUUGAGUGGCUGCAGUCUCUCAGAGAUCAGCAGUGCUUCUCUGGCCUCAGCUCUGAAGUCCAACCCCUAUAAUCUAAGGGAGCUGCAACUGAGUGACAACAAGCUGCAGGAUUCAGGAGUGAAAAUGCUGUGUGGUUUUCUGGAGAGUUCACACUGCAGACUGGAGACUUUAAGAUUGAGGUACUGCAGGUUAACAGAGAGCAGCUGUGCUUCUCUGGCCUCAGCUCUGAAGUUCAAUCCCUCCUGUCUGAAAGAGUUAGAGCUGAGCUACAAUGAGCUGCAGGAUUCAGGAAUGGAGCAGCUUUGUGGUUUUCUGGAGGGUCCACUCUGCAGACUGGAGACUCUGAGAUUGGAAGCCUGCAGGUUGUCAGAGACCAGCUGUGCUUCUCUGGCCUCAGCACUGAAGUCCAACCCCUCUCAUCUGAAAGAGCUGGAGCUGAGUGACAACAAGCUGAAUGAAUCAGGAGUGAAGCAGCUGUGUGGUUUUCUGGAGAGUUCACACUGCAGACUGGAGACUGUGAGAUUAAAGGACUGCAGUUUGUCAGAGAACAGCUGUGCUCCUCUGGUCUCAGCUCUGAAGUCCAACAUGUACCACCUGAGAGAGCUGGACCUCAGCAAUAACAAGUUACCGGAUCCAGCUGUUGAACUGCUGUGUGGUAUUCUGGCGAGUCCAAACAGCAGACUGGAGAUUCUGAGAUUGGGUUCUUGCGGAUUGUCAGAGCGCAGCUGUGCUUCUCUGGUCUCAUCUCUUAAAUCCAACCCUUCUCAUCUGAGAGAGCUGAAGCUGUGCUACAACAAUCUGAAGGAUUCAGGAGUGAAGCAGCUGUGUGGUUAUCUGGAGAGUCCAAAAUGCAGACUGAAGACUCUGAGAUUGGAAGCCUGCAGUUUGUCAGAGCUCAGCUGUGCUUCUCUGGCAUCAGCUCUGAAGUCUAACCCCUCCCAUCUGAGAGAGCUGGACCUGAGUGGAAACAACCUGCAGGAUUCAGGAGUGAAGCAGCUGUGUGAUUCUCUGGGGAGUCCAACCUGCAGACUGGAGACUCUGAGCUGGAGGUGAUCCGUCUUCGUAAUCAGAGUAGAGGUUCUGUUGAGAAAGGAUUGAAUGUGUCCUAAUACAGAGAGGUUGACACAACUACGAGAAGAAGGUUUGACAUGGCCGGGUGGCUUGAGAAAACAUAAUGGGAACCUUGGAUUUGAUUUUCCAUUAGCUUUGUUAACCAGGCUUUCUCCCUCUUUGUGUGUAUGCCUUAGGGCUAACCAUCACAUCUGCAAUGUGCAUGUGUACAUGACGUCAUUUGAAACACAUAAUGCUGUCAGCAGUUUUUUCUGACGUUUGAACACACAGAAACCUUCCACAGACGUAUACUACGUGACAGAACAUUGUAAACACACGCGGUGCUGUCGUCACAGCAACAGCUUAAUGAAGUGAAGCGGUGCUUCCUGCUCAUGUAGUGCACGCACAGUGAAGUGUUGAAACAGUCACAUGCAGGAGGAGUUAUUCUUAGCCUUCUUUUUGCCUUUUAAUCAAUCAAUCUUUUUCUAUAUAGGGUCUGCCUCCAGGACCCUGACUGGGAGAUGGUUUCAGGAGAGGGGCCUGAUAGCUGAAGGCUUUAACUCUCAUACUACUUUUAGAGGAUGUAAGAUAUGAAAAUGCCUGACAUUAAGAGCCUUGUUGGUCAGAAGAAGGAUUUAAAAUUCCAGUCUAGAUUUGAACAAACGGACGGCUGCAGAGAGAACAAAAGCCUCUGAACAUGUGGCGCGCUUACACCGCUCGGUCAACGGUGCCCCAGGGUAUCUGAGAGGAUAAAAGUUAUAAACAGUAUAACCGUGUUUUUGUGUACUUAAAUACCUUUAAUAACACAGUGUUAUUAUCUGUUUUGGAAUCCUCGUCCUUGCGUAUCUAAUUGCAUAUACAGAAAGGAACACUAACACAGUAUCUGUGCUUCUCAGCUUCCUGUAGCCUCUAAAGCCCAAGAUCCACAGGAUGCGUCGCGUUACGUUACGGCUGCGCCGCGCACUUCGCAGCAAAUAGGUUCCCAUUCAAGUCAAUGCUCUAGAGUCCACAGGGCGCGCUGCGGCGCGUCUCAGCUCCGUCUCUGGAGCGUUCCGCCGCGCCGCUCUGCCAGAGAUACGCGGGGAGUCUAUUUUUGCCGCUCCCCGCGCCCAGCACGCGUCAAUCAACACAGAAAUGAUCGAACUAUCCCGGAAGUCAGGCACGAGGAUCGUAUGCAACAUCCGCUCACUUUCAAAAUAAACACCAUGUGCAACACAAGAUAGUAAAUUUCACCACUUCUUCAACAUUACGUCAUAACCUGUGGCAUCGGGCCAGACGUCAGUCUCAAAAGAUAUCCGACACCAUGGACGAGGAAAAGUUUAUACUGUGUUGUUCUCGCGCGUUUUGGAGUUCUCGAGGGAUCUUGAGUUUCCUGCUCCGGAGUGCGCGCCGCUCCAAACACGCAUCCUAUGGACCAGGGCGAAAGCCCCGGGACGGAGCAGAGCCGUGUCGCAGCCGUAACGCGGCGCACACGCAUCCUGUGGACUCCCCGAGUAAUUGCUUCGAACAUUAGAGAAGCAACUGCUGCUGUCGAUAAGGCAAGAAUAGAAAACUUAAGAACAUUUUACAGGCACUUCAUCGAUGCUUGGUAUUUAUUUAAUAAAGAGCACCCUGGGCUCAUUCAAGCUUAUGUUGAUUCUAAUGUAAACAUGAGCACUUAUAUUGACCGUGUGAAACCUGAGGGCCAUGUCUCUCGAUUCUCCUUUAGACCGCUCUCAUACUAUCAAGAUGCACUACUGUCCUUAGAUCCCAGAAAUUCUAAUGAUGAGGAUAACUUGUAUUGAAUUGUAUACAUUUUAAUUUAUCUGUGUCUACAGGCAGAUUUCCUAAAAUAUGGAAAUCUGCAUUAGGUAAGAGGCAGCAUUAUGCUGCUCUAUUUGUAGAUUAACGAAAGCCUUUGAAACGGUUGAUCACCGUCUACUUUUAACAAAAUUAUCUCAUUUAGGUUUUGAUGAAAGUGCAUGUGCCUGGUUUCAGGAUUAUUUGUCUGACAGAUGUCAAUGUGCCAAAUUUGGUCAGACCAACUUUCUGUUGAUUAGGAGUGCCACAGGGUUCUGUUUUGGGUCCAGUUUUGUUCACCAUUUAUAUCAAUGACAUUGGGCCUGAUCUACUGAGAUCUUAAAUAACGAGCGCUAAAUGCGUGUGCAAACAAAACAAUUUGCAUGUGCUAUUUAGGGGAGUGUUGCGGGCAAUUUAUAACAGGUGCAAAAGUGGUGCGGACCGCCCUUAAAUGAGGAUUUUGCGUGUGCUACCGGCUGUCACCAUGGUUGGUUUGGGAGAGCAGAGUGGCCGUAAAUGAAUAAUUAAGUUUGAAGUCAUGGAGUUGGAGGUCUUGGUGGAGGAGGGCCAGAGAUAUGAUUAUGAAAAUGUGCACAUAUCCACUUUAGAUGCUGUUACAUUUGAAAGAGUUACUGAAUUUAAAUACCUUGGAAUAUGGCUUGACAAGGAUCUCACAUUCAAAAGCCAUAUAAACACUCUUUCCACCAAGUUAAGACAGAAAGUUGGUUUCCUAUACAGAAAUAAAUCCAGCUUCCCACUGUUUUGUAGAAAGAGAGUUGUUGAAGCAGUGUUUUUAUCUGUUUUAGAUUAUGGUGAUGUAAUGUAUAGACAUGCUGCAGCUUCAACACUGAAACCCUUGGACUCUGUUUACCACUCUGCUCUCAGAUUUAUAACUGGUGACAGAUAUGACACCCAUCACUGUGUCCUGUAUGAGAAGGUUUGUUGGCCCUCUCUUGAGCAGAGGAGGAACAAACACUGGGUUUUGUUUAUUUUUAAAGCGCUUGAUGGAAAGCUUCCCAACGACCUUACAGACUUGUUGGAAUGGAAUUAUGGAUCCUACACGACUCGCUCUUCUGAUUGGCUCAUUUUGAAAGCACCUCGAGUUAACACUGAACUGGGUCAAUCAGCAUUUUUCAUUGAUGCCCAGAAAUCAUAGAAUACCCUACAGCAGACUUUAAAGUUGAUAUCCAUUCCCUCCUUUGCAGAGUUUAAGACUUUGAUCUCAGACCACUGUGUUUCAAACUGUCUGUUUUAAUGAAUCUAUUGUUUCGGGAAUUAUUGUUUGUGUUUGUUUGUUGUUUCUAAUGUGCACCCCAAUGUCUUUUUGAGAAUAAAUAAAGGUUUUGAAUUGAAUUGAAUAUAAUAAUGUAUGAAAGGUGAGAGCGAAAACCUGUCAGGCAGCUAUCAGUCCUUUGAUAUCCAUCAAACAAUUAAGACAGGAAAAAACUCACUCACCAGUCCCUCUGCCCUAGGCAACUACAUACAGAACUCCAAGCCAAUUGAAAAGUAAGAUAAGCAAAUACAUUUGGGAAUCUCAGAAAUAAAAGAAAAAUUGUCCAAAGUCAA